AUGUUCAAGCCCAGCGGCGAGCGUCGUCCGCUCCUCAACCGAGUGAAUCGUCCUCCUCGCGGUCGUCUGUACGACAGCGGGACGGUUGCAGUCCUGGGAGCGGCGCGAAGCGACGCAAGUCCCUCCUCGCUAGCCUGGAACAUCGGGGAGAGCACGCUGCAGAGCGUCCUCGACGUCAUCCGUCGGCAAUGCGGGUACGUCAUACCUUGGGUCGAUUUUCUGAGGUUCAAGCCCAGCGGCGAGCGUCAUCCACUCUUCAAGAGAAAGUGUCAUUCUCCUCGCGGACCCUUGUACGAUAAGGAGACGGCUGCGGUCCGGGGAGCGGCGCGCAGCGCCGCGAGUCCCCAUCUCGCUGCCGAGGAGAGCGCGUCGGGCAGGAUGUCGAGAGGGGCACGCAGGGAUUUCGCGCGCCGAAUUCUUGAGGCCCAAGCCCAGCGGCGAGCGUCACGCGGUGCAGAAGAUAUUGCACCGACGUCCCCGCCAUUCGACGCCUUCGAGCGAAGCGGUUGCAUAGCGAAGGCGGCGGCGCGCAGCGCCGCCAGUCUUCAUCGUGCUCUCCUCGGACUCCACGGCCUGGGGUUGACAUUCUUCGAUCGCGGACCGAGGGCAGCGUCGCAAGGCCUCCGUCUCAGUGCCGUACAAGGCCGAACGCGUCUGCACCGUUCACCGCGCGUUUCCAAGGUUGAGGUCCAGCGAAGAGGGGCGCGGAGCGCUCCGCGGUUUCCCGUCCGAGUCGCCUGCGAUAUUGAGGACGACGCCCUCGUCGUGCUGGCCUCCUCCGGCUUGAAUUUCCGCGCGUCCGGUGCUGGGCGGACGUCCUCCGCGGAUCGUCGCUACUUCCCGCCGAAGGCUUGCGGUCGACGCUGGAGCCUUCUGCUGCGGGAGUGGAUGUUGGCCUCCCCCCGGCGUCUCGUCGAUGGGACGCAGAGGUCGACUGCGCCCCCCCUCCGCUGUGCAAGCCUGCACCAGGUUCGUCGUUCUGCUGUCUGUCGCGGGUUGCGCGAUACCGGCGUCGAUCGUCGCCGAGAUCCACGCGGUGAAAGCGUACAACGCCGCCGAGCGCGUUUGAAGUCGGUGCGACGCGCACCUCGCGGGGCACGGCACGCGUCUGUGUGCUUGUCACACGAGCACUCUCGCGGUCGACGCCAGAGUGCCCGCGCGGUGUCGUUGGACGGCGAUGCGGCCGUGUCGUCGCCUGGGAGUGUGUUGCAGAGGACGAAACGUGGCGCGUGUGUGGCGGAGGCCCUGUAG